CGCCCUUCGUCCCCACCGCAUCACGGGCAACUCAAAGCGUCGCGGCACGCGGAGUCGCGGAAGGCCACCGCCAUUUUCUUACUCGCGAAACCAGGCCGCGGGCGGGGGAGCGGACAGCGACGAAGUCUCCUGCGGCUUUGACCCCCGCGGAAUCCCCCAUUCCGUUGAUGGUUGCGGGGGGACCGGGAGCAGCGAGCCGGCGACGACGACGAUGGGCCUCUGCUUCUCCUCCACCGCGGCCGCCGACAGCCCUCCCCGGCCCGCCGCCGCCGGCGGCGCGGCGGGGAAGAGGGAGAGGAGCCGCGGGAUCGUGGCCUGCGGCAAGCGGACGGACUUCGGCUACGACAAGGACUUCGAGGCGCGCUACUCGCUCGGCAAGCUGCUGGGCCACGGCCAGUUCGGCUACACCUACGCCGCCGUCGACCGCGCCUCCGGCGAUCGCGUCGCCGUCAAGCGCAUCGACAAGAACAAGAUGGUUCUUCCCGUUGCUGUUGAAGAUGUAAAGCGAGAAGUUAAAAUAUUGAAGGCCUUGCAAGGGCACGAAAAUGUUGUACAUUUUUACAAUGCAUUCGAAGAUGACAACUAUGUGUAUAUAGUCAUGGAAUUAUGUGAGGGUGGUGAAUUACUUGAUCGGAUAUUAGCCAAGAAAGAUAGCCGUUAUAGCGAGAAAGAUGCUGCAGUAAUUGUCCGACAGAUGCUCAAGGUUGCAGCUGAGUGCCACCUGCAUGGUUUGGUUCAUCGAGACAUGAAACCUGAGAACUUCCUAUUCAAAUCAACAAAGGAGGACUCACCCCUUAAGGCUACAGAUUUUGGCCUUUCAGACUUCAUAAGACCAGGAAAGCAAUUCCGUGACAUUGUCGGAAGUGCCUACUAUGUGGCACCAGAAGUACUCAAGCGUAAGUCAGGGCCAGAAUCUGAUGUUUGGAGUAUAGGCGUUAUUACCUAUAUUUUGCUGUGUGGAAGACGACCUUUCUGGGACAAAACUGAAGAUGGAAUAUUUAAAGAGGUCUUAAAAAACAAGCCAGAUUUUCGCCGCAAGCCUUGGCCAAAUAUUACUCCAGCUGCAAAAGAUUUUGUACAAAAGUUACUAGUUAAGGAUCCCCGUGCAAGACUAACUGCUGCCCAGGCAUUGUCACAUGAUUGGGUGAGAGAAGGAGGAAAGGCAUCUGAAAUACCCUUGGAUAUAUCAGUAUUACAUAAUAUGCGGCAGUUUGUGAAAUAUAGUCGUUUCAAGCAAUUUGCUUUAAGGGCAUUAGCAUCUACACUAAACUCAGAAGAGCUGUCUGAUCUCCGUGAUCAGUUCAAUGCCAUUGACGUUGACAAAAAUGGAACCAUUAGUCUGGAGGAACUGAAGCAGGCUCUUGCAAAGGAUGUUCCCUGGAGAUUAAAGGGUCCUCGUGUUUUAGAGAUUAUUGAGGCGAUUGACAGUAAUACAGAUGGGCUAGUUGAUUUUGAAGAGUUUGUUGCGGCAACACUACACGUUCAUCAGCUGGUGGAACAUGAUACCGAGAAGUGGAAAUUAUUGUCUCAAGCUGCAUUUGAUAAAUUUGAUGUCGACGGCGAUGGCUAUAUCACAUCUGAUGAACUUAGAAUGCAUACAGGAAUGAAGGGUUCUAUUGACCCCCUCCUUGAGGAGGCUGACAUUGACAAAGACGGCAAAAUAAGCCUAGAUGAAUUCCGUAGGCUCUUGAAAACUGCAAGCAUGAGUGCACGCAUUGUACAAACUCCGAGGGGCAUUCGCAUGUCAUAGUUUUGCAAUUUUCGUGGUUCACAUAACUGGUGAGACGUUUUUCGUCUGCACAUGUAAAAUUGAGAAUUGUUGCCGGAAAGGCUUCUUGGUGUAAAUUAUACAAUCAGUGCACAUGAAAUGGAGUAGAUCUGUAGUUCCUUGAGGACAUAUUAUACAAUCAGUGCACUUCACGUCUGGUUAGACGUGAACUUGCUUCCGGCU